GAGAAAGUUGGGGAGGGAGCGAAGGGUUCGAGCAGAUGGGAGGACGGAAGGAAAGGAUCUCUCCGUGGGCUCAAGUGCGCGAUUAAAGGAUCCUGCGCGAAUAAACAAAAGCGGGUCAAGCCCCGUUGCAGUCAAAUUUGGUCCCCGCGCGCGUGGAGAGCGUCGCCAGUCACCGUCACCGUCGCACGCCCACUCGUCAUGUUCGUUCUCCGAAGUCUCUCCGGGUGCCUGUGACUUGUGCUGGACGACUCGGCGCCACCUUCUCCGGAGCGCUCCCCGGAAGAGAGAAGUCGCUUCGGAGGAAGCGAACGUCGAGAUCCGGAGUUGCCACAACCCCCCCCACACACACACACCCCCGCCCUCCCCUCCGAGGAGCGUCGCUCGCCUUCGCCGGGGUUAAGGCGUCGGCACCCGGGCAGAGUCCCUCGCCAUGGCCGGGGCCAAGCCGGGAGUCCACGCGCUGCAGCUCAAACCCGUGUCCGUCCAUGAGGCUCUCAAGAAGGGAGGCAAAUUCAUUAAAUGGGACGAGGAGACAAGCAGCGGUUGCCCCACCUUGGUAACCCUAAAGGUCGACCCAAAUGGCUUCUUCCUCUACUGGACGGGAGGCGCCAACAUGGAGGUGGAGAUCCUGGACAUGAGCACCAUCAGGGACACCAGAACAGGAAAGUACGCCAAGCAACCAAAGGACCCCAAGCUUCGGGAUUUGCUCGGCUUCGGGAAAGGCGACAACGUAGAGGGGAAGCUGGUCACCGUCGUCCACGGCAACGAACUGGUCAACAUCUCCUUCCUCAACUUUCAGGCUAUGCAGGAAGACACAGCCAAGGUUUGGACUGAUGAGCUGUUCACUUUGGCCACAAACAUACUCUCCCAGAAUGCAUCGCGGAACACGUUCCUCCUCAAAGCGUACACCAAGUUAAAGCUGCAGGUGAAUCAGGAAGGAAAGAUCCCAGUGAAGAACUUUCACAAGAUGUUUUCAGACAAACGGCGAUUGGAGACGGCGCUGGAGCAGUGCGGUCUUGUGAACAACAAGUUUGAUGGAUUAAAGCCAGAUGAAUUCACAUGGGAAGCCUUUCAGAAGUUUCUCAACAGUCUAUGCCUUCGCUCUGAGAUCCAAAGCAUUUUUGAGGAAAGUGGCUCCAAGGGGAAGCCUUUCAACUCUCUGGACCUGCUGACGGACUUCAUCAACCGCCGGCAACGCGACUCCCGCCUGAACGAGGUGCUGUACCCGCCGCUCAAACGAGAGCAGGUCCGACAGAUCAUGGAGAAAUAUGAGACCAACAUCAGCCAGCUGGAAAGAGACCAGAUCAGUUUGCAGGCCUUCACGCGGUAUCUGGGAGGGGAGGAGAACAGCAUCGUUCCUCCAGAGAGACUGGACGUCAUCGACGACAUGAAUCAACCUCUGUCGCACUACUUUAUCAACUCCUCGCAUAACACGUACCUCACAGUGGGUCAGCUCACCGGUCUGUCCUCAGUGGAGAUGUACAGGCAGGUGCUGCUCACCGGCUGCCGCUGUGUCGAACUGGACUGCUGGAAGGGUCGACCCCAGGACGAGGAGCCCUACAUCACCCACGGCUUCACCAUGACCACUGAAAUACCCUUCAAGGAGGUAAUUGAAGCCAUCGCGGAGAGCGCUUUCAAGACUUCGCCGUACCCCCUCAUCCUGUCCUUUGAAAAUCACGUUGAUUCGGCCAAGCAGCAAGCCAAGAUGGCGGAGUAUUGUCGGACCAUAUUUGGAGACGCCUUGCUCAUUGACCCAUUGGAGAAAUAUCCACUGGUCCCAGGCCAGCCGCUGCCCUCGCCGCAAGAGAUGCUGGGCAAAAUUGUCAUCAAAAACAAGAAGAAGCACCAGCACCACCGGCCCUCGAGCGGCGGCAGUAUACGACGAUGCGAACUGGAGGAGCAUUCACCGCCCCACUCUGACUGCCCUCUGUUGGAAGGCGAGGGAGGACAGAUCCUGUCCAGCGCGGAGGAGAAGCUUGCCGAGAGGAUGGUCAAAGACUCUGACCCUCGCAAGUCCAUUGGAGGCGAGGGAGAGAGCGAGGAGGACGACGAAGACGAACCCGUGACCGAGCUGAAAAAGCAGAACUCGGAUGAGGGUACAGCCAGCAGCGAGGUCAACGCCACAGAGGAGAUGUCCACACUCGUCAACUACAUCGAACCUGUCAAAUUUAAGAGCUUUGAGCUGGCCACCAAGAGGAGGAAGUUCUUUGAGAUGUCGUCAUUUGUGGAAACCAAAGGCAUGGACACGCUGAAGAACUCGCCCAUCGAGUUUGUUGAGUACAACAAGAACCAGCUAAGCCGAAUCUAUCCGAAGGGAACGAGGGUGGACAGCUCCAACUACAUGCCGCAGCUCUUCUGGAACGUCGGGUGCCAGAUGGUGGCGCUGAACUUCCAGACCCUUGAUCUGCCCAUGCAGCUCAACACGGGCGUCUUUGAGUACAACGGCCACAGCGGCUACCUGUUGAAGCCCGAGUUCAUGAGGAGGACAGACAAGCACUUUGACCCUUUCACGGAGAACAUAGUGGAUGGAAUAGUUGCCAACACAGUCAAAGUGAAGGUGAUCUCAGGCCAGUUCCUGAGUGAUAAAAAGGUUGGCGUGUAUGUGGAAGUGGACGUAUUUGGACUUCCUACAGAUACAAAACGGAAAUACAGGACGAAAAACUCCAACGGGAACUCGCUAGAUCCUGUUUGGGAUGACGACGCUUUUGUCUUUAAUAAGGUGGUCCUCCCAACGCUGGCCUCUCUGAGGAUCGCCGUAUUCGAAGAGAACGGCAAGUUCAUCGGACAUCGCAUCCUCCCCGUUUCGGCCAUUAGACCAGGUUACCACUACAUCAACCUCAAGAAUGAGUUGAACCAACCCCUCCUGCUGCCCUCUCUCUUGGUCUACACCGAGGCUCAGGACUACAUUCCGAAUGAACACCAGGAGUACGCCGAGGCCCUGACCAAUCCCAUUAAGCAUGUCAGCCAGCUGGACAAGAGAGAAACACAACUGGCUGUGCUCCUCGAGGAGAACUACGAGCAUUUCCCCAACCUGCCCAGAAAUGGCGAGGCCAAAAGGGAGCACGAGGACAUCCCAGGGUGCGUCGCAUCGCCCUUCCCCCCUCCUUACCGACUGGACGAAUGCCCCGACGUCAUCCAGCCAGCGCAAAGCCAAAAGGAAGACCUCAUCGCCGCUGUUCUGGCAGAUGUGCAAGCACAGUCGAUAGACGAGCUGAAGCAGCACAAAAACUACGUGAAGCUCAUUAAGAAGCACAGCAAAGACCUCAAAGAGUUACGAAAGAAACACCUGAAGAAGGUGUGGAAUCUCAGUAAGGAGCAGAAGACUCGGAGUAGUCAGCUGGAGUGUGAUUUGCAAAGGAGGCGCAGUCAGAUGGAGAAACACCUUAAACGCAGUGUCAAGAAGAACGAGCCCCAAGAGCCAGUGCGGCGAGAACUGUCGGCCCUGAAUCAGGAGCACGAGACAAAGACGGUCCAGCUCAGGGAAUGGGAGAUGCAGGAACUACUGACGCUCCGGCAGAAGCUGCACUCGCUGGAGAUGGAGAAGCAGCAAGCGUACCUCCAAGAGUCCUUCCAGAGGUUGAAGGAAACGGCGCACGAAUGCCAAGCGGCUCAGCUCAAGAAGCUCAGGGAGGUUUGCGAGAGGGAGAAGAAAGAGCUCCAGAAAAUCCUCGACAGGAAGCGACAGAACAGCAUCAGUGAAGCCAAGAGCCGGGACAAAGACAAGGCGGAGAUAGAACUGAACGACAUCAACAGGAAACACAUUCAAGACUCUGUCAGCCUAAUACGCAGGCUGGAGGAGGCUCAGAGCAGGAGGCUGGACAAGCUGAUGCUGAGGCAACGAGAGGUGCUGCAACACAUCGACGAGGAGCUGCCAGCGCUUCAGGCUAAGCUGGACAGCAAGCUGAAGGACGAAUCUCUCCAUCUACCUGAGGAAAUCUGCCAGCACCUGCAGCUGGAGCUCCAAAACAAAGGUCUGCGCAAUAACGCCCUGUCCUCGCCCAUGUCCAACAACGGCAGCCCGGGUUCGGGUUCGGGCUCGGGCCCGCCCUCUAACUGCUCCACGCCCGGCGACCCGUCCACGCCUCAUCGCAGCAUGUGGAACAGGAGCAUGGACAGUAUCACGUCCUUUGUGCCCGGCUCCGCGUCUUCGUUGUCGACCCCUGCGCUGUCCGAGGUGGAGAUGUCCUUCACCUGAAGUUAUUGUUUGUACAAAUUGAUUUAAAUGGGGGCUGUAAGGAUUAAAAUAUGGGAUCGUAAUUAAUUAGAUUAUGUACUAAUUAUAUUCCUUUUUGAAAAACA